AUGGAUCCGACUUAUAUUAAAACCCUUCAUGACCUCUUGUCGCAGACAACCGCCAAUGACACCAAUGUGAUCAAAUCGGCCACAUCUGCUUUGGCGAAAAACUAUUGGACCAGCCCGGAUUGUAUUCCAGCGCUCUUUGAAAUCAUCAACUCAUCUCCAGACCAAAGUAUCCGUCAACUCGCUGCAGUUGAGCUCCGAAAACGCGUAAACCAGCACCAGGGGCAGCUCUGGGUUCAGGUUCCUCAAAAUAUUCGCGCAGCCAUCAAAUCGCGAGUUACCGAAGUCAUUCUCGCGAACCUGCGAGGUAGCAAACAGGUUACCUGGCCUGAGCUUAUCCCUUGGGUCGAAGCUGCAUGUGUCGCUGGUACCGCAGCCCACCGCGAGGUUGGAGUUUACGUCUUAUUUACGAUCAUGGAUAGUUUGAUGGAUGAAAUCACCGAGCGUCUUGCUACCUUCUUCAACCUUUUUGGCAAUCUUAUCCGCGACCCAGAGAGUGCCGAGGUUCGAGUCACCUCCGUUAGGUGCCUUGGACAAAUUGCUCAGUAUAUCGAUUCGCAUCAAAAGGACGAAAUUAAACAAUUCCAAGUGCUUAUCCCCAAUAUAAUGGAUGUUCUCGCUGAUUGCCUCGAAAGGAGCGACGAAGAAGGAGCACGCCACGGUUUUGACGUUUUUGAGACACUCCUCAUUCUUGAAACACCACUUCUUUCAAAGCAUAUGCCACAGCUGGUUGAGUUUUUCCUACGCUGCGGAGGUAACAAGAGCUACGAGACCUCCUUGCGUAUUAUGUCACUCAACUCCUUGACUUGGACGGUCAAAUACAAGAAGAGCCGUAUUCAAAGUCUCAAUCUCGCCAAACCUAUCCUUGAAGGGUUGAUGCCCAUCGGAACUGAAGAGGACAGCGAAGAUGCCGACGACGAAUGUCCCUCCAGGACUGCUUUCCGCGUCAUUGACGAACUUGCAACUUCUCUACCUCCAUCCCAAGUCUUCCCUACUCUCCAUACCAUUGUUACCCAGUAUAUGGCGUCUUCGGACCCUGGCCAACGCAAAGCCGCUCUUACAUCAUUUGCAGUCACGCUUGAAGGUUGUUCCGAGUUCAUUAGGCCUCAUAUGCGCCAAUUGUGGCCGUUAAUUGAUGCGGGAUUCGCCGACCCACACCCGGUUGUGCGUAAAGCAGCUUUGUCUGCGUUGGGUUGCACUUGUGAAUGGCUGGAGGAAGAAGUCGUUGAUCGCCAUGCAACCAUUCUCCCUGUACUUCUGGACAUGAUAAACAACCCAGAUACUCAAGGAGCUGCUUGUACGGCUCUUGAUGAUUUCCUCGAGAUUCUUGGUGAUACGAUCGCCCAGUACUUGCCGCAGUUGAUGGAGCGCCUCUCCGGGCUUCUCGAUACGGCUCCUAACGAUGUCAAAGGGAUUGUUACCGGUGCUAUCGGAUCUGCUGCACAUGCCGCCAAAUCUGGAUUCCUACCCUACUUCGAAUCCACCAUGCACAGGUUGCAGCCAUUCCUUGUGCUUACUGGGGAAGGAGGUGAGCAAGAACUGCGAGGUAUUGCAAUGGAUACCGUCGGCACUCUUGCGGAUGCUGUUGGCCGUGAACAUUUCCGCCCAUACUUCCAGCCCGUCAUGAACAACGCAUUCGAGGGAAUGUCUCUCGACUCGGCCCGGCUCCGUGAAUGCAGUUACCUCAUCUUCGGCGUUAUGGCCCGCGUGUUUGAAGAGGAAUUUGCUCCUUAUCUCGACCGCGUUGUACCAGCCCUCAUUGCCAGUUGCAAACAAGAAGAGGGGGGCGAAGAUACUGCUUUUGCCAAAGAACUUGAGGAAUUGAAGAAGGCCGAUAAAAGCGGCGAAGCUGUUGAUCUGUCCAAGCUUGACUCCGAGUCUAUCGACAUUGAAGAUGUUGACGAAGAGAAGGAGUUGGCCGUAAACAGUGCCAUCGCUGUCGAAAAGGAAAUUGCGGCUGAUACCAUCGGCACUGUGUUUAUGUACACCCGCAGCCAUUUCUUGCCAUAUGUAGAGCCCUGUGUGCACGAGCUUGUUGAGCUUUUGUCUCACUACUACGAGGGCAUCCGGAAAUCUGCAGUUACUUCGCUAUUUGCCGUCAUUCAAACCUUCUAUGAAUUGUCGUCUCCCACCGAGUGGGUUCCGGGAAGUCAAGUGCAUGUACCACUUCACCAAAACGUCAAGGAUUUGAUUGGCCAUGUUAUGCCUGAAAUUUUCGUCAUGUGGGAGACUGAAGACGAUAAAAAUGUAGUUGCAAACGUUUGCCAGAGCCUGAGCGAGACGCUUGCUAAAGUGGGCCCAGGUCUUGCCGAACAACACUUGGAUACCAUGGUUCGUUUCGCUACCGAAAUUCUUGAGGGCAAAGCACUUUGCCAACAGGAUCCUGAUCAAGAUGAUGAAGAAGCAGAGGAGACUGAAGACCAAGCCGAAUACGACCAAGUCCUCAUCUCCGCCGCCAGCGACCUCGUCGCCGCGUUCGCAAGCAUCCUCGGGUCUGACUUUGCUGUUUUGUUCGGCCAACUUUUCCCCCUCCUCAAGAAAUAUUAUUCCAAGAACCGCUCUCUCAGUGAAAGGACUUCAACGAUCGGCUGCAUGGGAGAAAUUAUCUCCGGGAUGAAGGGCGGUGUAACUCCCUUCACCGAGGACGUUUUCAACCUCAUAUCGCAAGGGUUCUCUGACGAGGAUCCCGAAGUACGAAGCAACGCUGCCUUUGCGAUGGGUGUGCUUAUCGAAAAUAGCGACAUGGAUAUUAGCGGACACUACCUGACUAUAUUGACCGCUCUGAGGCCAUACUUUGUUGUAGCGGAGGGUGCGCCCCAUGCACAGUUCAACGCCAAAGAUAAUGCGACUGGCUGCGUAGCCCGGAUGCUGCUAAAGAACUCGAGUUCUAUGCCACUUGAUCAGGUUAUCCCUGUCUUUGUUGGAGCACUACCACUCAAGCAUGAUUUCCUCGAAAAUCGACCUGUAUUCCGGGCAAUUUUCCAUCUCUUCAACAACAACCCUGACGUCCUAGCACCCCAUAUCGACCAUUUGCUCGCCGUAUUUGCUUUCGUCCUCGAUCCUCAAUCCGAAGAUAUGAUUGGGGAUGAAACGCGCGCAGAGCUCAUCCGACUUAUUAAGGUACUGGCGCAGCGAGUCCCCGAUAAGGUCAAGGCUGUUGGCUUGGAAGCAUACCUGUAG